ACAACCCCUUGCGGCUUUUGACCGAAGAGCCAGCGCUUUCGCUGCAGUUGCAUGGAGGUUUAGUUGCGGUUGAAGUAGUGUCGCUAAAUAAACGCUGUUAACUGAUACCACCGAGGGGAAAAAAUGGGCUGCGAAGACGAGGUAAUGAAGAUCGCUAAGCGCUUAGACAAAAUGGCCUCUGGGUCCAGCGACGACCAGACGCAAGCUUUGGAUCUCCUCAAGAAUCUUCAAGAGCUGCCAAUCACGCUGGAGAUCCUCCAGAGGACGCGCAUUGGCAUGACAGUCAACUCAUUGCGCAAGUCGAGUAAUGAUGAGGAAGUGAUCACGUUGGCCAAGGUUCUCAUCAAAAGCUGGAAGAAGUUGCUCUCGGGGACACCCAGCUCCAAGGAGGCCCCUGCCAAGGAGCCCGAGCCCAAACCUAGUGCAUCGACCAAGCAGUCGGCAGCAGCCACUGGCAGGCCCAAUGCCAAGCAAACUUCCUUCCCUGCCGACACCACAAAUGCUGUGCGGCUUAAGUGCCGCGAACUCUUGAGCAGUGCACUCAAGUGUGAAGAUAUGCCUGAAGGGUGCAACACGGACAGCCUGGCUGCAAAGAUCGAGGAAAAUAUCCUUUACGUACUUAGCACUGACACUAUUUAUAACGAGUUUGGUGACACAAACAAUAAAUACAAGAAUCGGGUGCGAAGCCGUGUCUCCAACCUGAAGGACAGCAAGAACCCUGCCCUGCGGCUUAAUGUGCUGCACGGUGCCAUUGACCCAGAGCGCAUUGCCCGAAUGACGGCCGAGGAGAUGGCAAGUGACGACAUGAAGCAGCUUCGGCAGCGCCUUACCAAGGAGGCCAUCAACGACCACCAGAUGGCGACGACUGGCGGCACCAAGACUGACCUGCUCAAAUGUGGCAAGUGCAGGAAGAACAACUGUACUUACAACCAGGUGCAGACACGCAGCGCCGAUGAACCCAUGACCACUUUCUGCUUCUGCAAUGAGUGCGGCCACCGGUGGAAGUUCUGCUGAGCCCCAAGCAACGCUGGACACAUCUGAAUUGGCCACGCAAGCGCUUGUUUGGCCAGUACAACGUGCCGCAGUUCAUCUCGCAUUAUUUUUUCCCCCCGCUUGGAUCAUGUUGCAUGCUCAAACACCACCUGCAUCUUCUAAAGAAGAAAAACACGAUGCAGUGUUCCAUCCCGAUAAAAACCAGUUGUUAUACUCCUUUUCUCAUCAGUAAAGCUAAACAUCUGUUUUUAAGGCCUACAAGAGUAAAGGCUCUUGAAUGUCCAUAAGCUUGCUGGGAAGGUCUCCAAGCUGCGCUUCUGAAAGCCAAAUGAAAAGUGUGAGACGAGGCUUUGUUUUCAUUUAGUAAGAGAAGCAAAAUGUGUCCGUUUGUGACACUGUUGUGCUCUGACCAGGCCAUACCAAAGCAGUUCGACAUUGUUGCAGUAUUUUGCAGCCAAAACACUGGUCGCUCUAGGGUGUUCUCCUUGUGAGAAUGCUGGGAUUGGUGUAGAUACCAGUCAAGGAAGCCUCAGUCCUUCCUUUCUUUUCUUUUAAGUGCCCUCAGCUGAACCACCGAUGAGUUGCUGUUCUUCUGAAAGAAGCUUGUUAUGAUUUUCACAUGCUUGUCCAAUCAUCUCGGCACCAUCCAGUAAUAUAGUUAUGUACAUUGCCUUA